AUGUUCUCCGCCCUGGGUCUUUUCAAGAACAUCCCUUGCCCUCGGCAAUAUGAUUGUGGCCUCCCAAGCUGCAUAUUCUCACAUAGCCCACCAGCAAUUUCCCCGGAGGCGCAUGAUUCUCUCGAGUCGGCUCAGGAAUAUGACCCCUUCAGUGCAGGGGAAAUCUCACCUCCAAUACCGAAGAGAAGGCGGCUGGGAUCGGCCCAACAAUAUUGUGAGAGUGAAGAUGUCGCGCCUUUAAUUUCGUCCCCCCCAAAUUGUCGAGAUCCAAGGCCGUCAGCCCAGCGAGGAGCUCCGGAGUCAAAGACCGCGGGCUCCCCCCUGAAAGGUGGAAAGACUUCAACGCAGCCCCCUCGGUCUUCAGGACACAUGCAGAAGAAGGAAAUGCCGACUUCGAUUACAAGGGCGGUGUCACCCCCACCAACCCAAGAAAGCAACCUUACCGUGCUGCACAGUACGAGAAAACCUGUAAAAGUUGAAUCGCUAAUCCCGCGCAAUGUGGCAAAGGCUCCAGCUGUGCUAAAGAUGAGAUUGGCGGUGCUCCAGAAACUGCAUGAUCAGAUGCAGGUUCAAAAUCGAAAGCUCGCUGAGGGGGACGAGAAGUGGAGGUCCAUGGUAUUGAACGAUCAGGAGCUAAUAACCUUCGCCCUCGACGAAGAGGAGGCCGCCACGAAGCUCGGAGAGAACAUCUACAAGAAUAGUAUGACACAGAAAGUACUACGGAUCAAAAAAAUAACAACAGAAGAGUGGAUCAAGACGGUGACAGAAUGGACAGGAACAGCAAGUCGAGUUCAGGCUGAGGAGAAAUCUACUGCCAAGCCUCCCGAUGCCAUUGCGGCAGGCUUUUCUUCUGUGAGUGAACAAAUCGCUGUCUUGAAGCACCUCCGCACCCCACUGGAAGGCAUGGAGCGAUUUGGAUAUGUUACGAGCAAGCCCACGGCCAGUGAGGUCGCAUCCGCACGGGCCGCAGUGGCCGCAGCGGCAGGAUAUGAAAACUGUGAUCGAUGCGGCACGCGAUUCCAAGUAUUCCCUGGGAGGGACGAGAAUGGCCGUCUCGCUUCCCACGGAAAGUGUCGAUACCAUUGGGCAAGACCCAACCGAACAGCUCGCCUGAGGACUGACAGGAUUCUGGGCCAGUCCGCAGCAAUGUUUCCCUGUUGUAACCAGUUGGAGGGCAGUGAAGGCUGCGUCGAGGCAGAUACACACGUUUUCUGUGUCAAAGAUCCUAAGCGGUUAGCGGAUGUGCUGCAAUUCGAGCAUACGCCGGCCAAAUCUGACGUUCGCGGAAGACCACCGGUCUCUUUCGAUUGUGAAAUGGCAUACACCACUCUGGGCAUGGAAGUCAUUCGAGUGACGGCAGUCUCUUGGCCUCAAGGAAGACUUCUCUUUGACGUUCUUGUUCGGCCCUACGGGGAAAUCCUCGAUUUGAACACUAGGUUUUCGGGUGUGACGGUGGAAUCUUACGCCAAUGCGCUCCCUUAUAGUCCUCCAAGCACUGAAGCAGGUCACGUUUCUACGACGGGAAGCCGUUUAGAUAUAGGUCAACAACCCAGGGUAGGAUCACCUGCUAUGGCCAGACAACUUCUCUUCGAUCACCUCAGCCCGGAUACACCACUCAUCGGCCACGCUAUAGAGAAUGAUCUGAACGUGUGCCGUGUCAUACACCCCUUCGUUAUCGACACGGUUCUGCUAUAUCCCCAUCCGCGAGGCUUGCCCAUCAGGUACGGGCUGAAAGCUCUCAGUCAACAGUACCUCUCCAGAGGAAUUCAGACAGGAGGCGAAGCUGGUCAUGACUCCAAGGAAGACGCCGUGGCAACGGCUGAUUUAGUCAGCGUGAAGGUGGCCCAGAAAUGGAGGAUGAUGCAGCAUGAAGGGUGGAAGUUUGUAGAGGGGAUGUUGAUGUCACCAGAAGAGACGGAGGGGGAGGAAGGCGGAGGGCACUCGAUGUUAUGA